AUGGGUACCCCAGAAGAUGUUUACAGAAAAGAUCUGAAGAUGAUCCAUGGGUGUCCUAUGGUCUAUGCUUUUGCACUCAAUUGGGAAAGGAUUGAAGAGUUCCAGAGCAGACCAGAUGACCUUGUGAUAACCACAUACCCUAAAUCAGGUACUACUUGGAUUAGUGAAAUUGUUGACAUGGUUCUAAAUGAUGGAAAUGUAGAAAAAUGUAAACGAGAUGUUAUUACUGCUAAAGUUCCAAUGUUGGAACUGACUAUUCCUGAACUACAAAUAUCAGGUGUUGAACACUUGAAGACAAUGCCAUCACCUCGGAUUAUAAAGACGCAUCUACCAGUUGAUCUACUCCCUAAAUCUUUCUGGGAGAACAACUGCAAGAUGAUUUAUCUGGCUCGAAAUGCUAAGGAUGUUGCUGUCUCAUAUUAUCAUUUUGAUUUAAUGAAUAGUGUACAACCUCUGCCUGGCACCUGGGAAGAUUAUCUGCAGAAAUUCAUAGCUGGAAAUGUGGCUUAUGGUUCAUGGUUCAAUCAUGUUAAGAGUUGGUGGGAAAAGAAGCAAGAGCAUCCACUACUUUUCUUAUACUAUGAAGAUUUGAAACAGAAUCCAAAGGAAGAAAUAAAAAAGAUCGCCAACUUUCUACAAAAGAGAUUGGAUGAGGAGACCUUGGACAGGAUAAUCCAUCACACUUCCUUUGAAAUGAUGAAGGACAACCCCUUGGUCAAUUAUACCCAUCUGCCCUCAUCAAUGAUGGAUCACAACAAGUCCCCAUUUAUGCGAAAAGGUGUUGUUGGUGACUGGAAGAAUUACUUCACAGUGGCCCAAAAUGAGAAAUUUGAUGUCAUCUAUAAGAAGGAAAUGUCUGGAACAAUGCUUAAGUUCUUCAAAGAGAUUCAAAGUGUUGAAGCUUCAACUUGAAUAUAUGAUUUUUUGGAAUAGUAACUUGACUUGGAAGUCAAAUGGAUUCGUGAAGGAGAAACUGAUUAAAUAUGUCCUAAACAUGCCUCAGCAAAUAAUAUUUCAAAUUAUCUAGUGCCAUGGUCCCUUGCUAUAUUACUUUUAAAAGAGUACUUUUGCAAA